GUGCCCGUCUUGUUGUUGUUGUGGUGUGCUUGCUUCUUGUGUGUUUUUUUUUGUGUGUCGUGCACUCUGACAGAGAAAGAAGGACGACCCAAGCAGCAAGCAGCAAGCAAGCAAGCAAGCAAGAUGGCAGGUGGUGGUGCUGGUGGUGCUGGCGGUGGCGGUGUGCGGUGGGGUGAGCUGGUGCUGUUGUUGAUGUUGUAUCUUGUGCAGGGCUUGCCGUUUGGCAUGCAAGUGAAGACGUUGCCCAUCCUCCUUCGCCAGGAAGGCGUGUCCCUGUCGGCGAUUUCGUCUCUGGGCAUCCUCUCGCUGCCGUGGCUGGUGAAGCUGGCAUGGGCGCCGCUCGUCGACUCAUACUACUGGCCUCGCUUCGGCCGUCGCAAGUCAUGGAUUGUGCCCUGCCUCAUCAUCAUCGGUGGUGCGGCGCUGACUGUACUGCCAUCGCGGUCAAUCCCACACAUGCUGGUUGUCAUCUUUGUGAUGAACCUGGCGGCAUCCGUUCAAGACAUUGCCACAGAUGGCCUGGCCAUCGACGUGCUCACGGACGAGAAGUCGCUCGCCUUUGGCAACGCCGCACAAGUCGUGGGCUUCAAGGCCGGCAUGAUGCUGGCUGGUGGGCUCGUGCCGUGGUACUUUGCCGACAACCCGUGGCUCGGGUGCUUUGGUGUCAUCGCCGUCGUCACAAUGGGGCUGGCUGCCCUGCUGCUCAUGCACAAAGGGCCCAUCACGGAGUCGGCUCCAGCCACAUCCGCUGACAAGGGCGACACAGCGUCUGCCACGUCAGCAGCAGCCCGGCCUGCGGUGGCGCACGACGUGGAGGACAUUGUGCACAAGAUGAAGGAGGUGUUUGGGAUGAUCCUUCGCCAGUUCAAGCAACCGGCUGUUCGUCCGCUGCUGCUGCUGCUGCUCACCUACAAGAGCGGCGAGGUGAUGGCGGAUGUCAUGUUCAAGCCGUUUCUGCUUGACGAAGGGGUGGAGGCCGACCUGGUCAGUCUCUGGACCGGCGUCAUCGGUAGUGCGUUUUCCAUCGUCGGCUCUCUCGCAGGUGGCUACUGCUCUGGUCGUUUCAGUGCUCGCACGACGCUGCUGGUGUCGGGCGUCUUACGUGUGGCAGCACAGCUUGGCCGUGCGCUUGCUGCUGUUCUCACCGUCUCUGCAGACUCGCCGCUGCCCAUAUUGACUCUCAUCGCCACCGAAGCCAUCACUGGCGGGGUUGUCACCACCGCAGUCUUUACCCUCAUGAUGGCGCAGAGCCAGCCAGGCGUCGCUGGGACGCCAAACACGGCGACAUUCUACACGACACUGACGACUGUGGAGUUGGUGGGCAAGAGCGCAGCAAGCAUCCUCUCCGGCGUGUUUGCAGAGCACAUGGGCUAUGAGGCGUUUUUCUUCUUCACAGCCAUCUUGAGUGCAAUCCCCCUGUGGUUUGCUCGGAACAUCAAGUCCCACGCACAAUGAUUUGGCUGAUGCCGCCACCCCUCUGUACACACAUGCACACGAAAAGCUCUGGAACACACCACAGCC